AUGCUUGGUUACUUUUAUAUCUGGCGUAAACUAUGUAUUUAUCUUUGGUUCCUAUGCAGCACUGCGAAUGACUCAGCUUCUUCAAAUUCAUCUUCUUUGAAGCCAAAAGUUAUAAAUAUUGGAGCUUUUUUCACAUUGAAUUCGGUCAUUGGACAAGCAGCAAAGCCUGCAAUUCAAGCCGCCAUUGAUGAUGUCAACACCAAUCCCAACAUUCUUAACGGGAAUCAACUGAAACUCAUUGUCCGUGACACAAAUUGCAGUGGAUUUUUCGGAACAAUUGAAGCUUUGCAGCUAAUGGAAAGUCAUAUUGUCGUUGCAAUUGGUCCACAAUCGUCCGGAAUAGCCCAUGUUAUCUCUCAUGUUGUUAAUGAGCUUCAUGUCCCUCUUCUUUCAUUCGGAGCUACGGAUCCGACUCUUUCAUCGAUGCAGUACCCGUAUUUCCUCCGUACUACGCACAGCGAUUACUUCCAGAUGUAUGCCAUUGCGGAUAUAGUCGAAUACUACGGCUGGAGGGAAGUGAUAGCCAUAUUUGUGGAUGAUGAUUAUGGGAGAAGUGGGAUAUCUGUUUUGGGCGAUUCCUUGGUGAAAAAGCGUGCCAAGGUUUCAUAUAAGGCCGCCUUCAGCCCUGGAGAUAGUGAAAGUAAGAUAACUGACUUGCUUGUUGAGGUUAACCUGAUGGAGUCUCGAGUUUAUGUAGUUCAUGUUAAUCCAGACACUGGUGUGAAUAUCUUUUCUGUUGCUAAGUCUCUUAAUAUGAUGGCCGAUGGUUAUGUUUGGAUUGUUACGGAUUGGCUUCCUUCGUACUUGGAUUCGAUGGGACCGGUUGAUUCCAACACAAUGAAUCUCUUGCAAGGAGUUCUCACUCUCCGCCAUUACACCCCUGAUACUGAUCUCAAGAAGAGUUUUAUGUCUAAGUGGAAGGGAAGUGCCGGUUCUGCAGGUUUCAAUUCGUAUGCACUUUAUGCUUAUGAUUCGGUUUGGUUGGCUGCGCACGCCCUCGAGAUUUUUCUCAAUGAAGGUGGAAAUAUAUCUUUCUCUUAUGACCCGAAUUUGCAUGAUACGAAUGGCAGCAUGCUGCAUUUAGCAUCACUUCCCGUGUUUAAUGGCGGCGAACAACUUCGUCAAACACUUUUGAGGAUGAACUUCACUGGUCUAAGCGGUCAGAUUGAGUUUAAUCCGGAUAAACAUUUAGUUCAUCCUGCAUAUGAUAUUCUUAAUGUUGUUGGAACCGGAACGCGUAGAAUUGGUUAUUGGUCGAAUUAUUCUCAUCUCUCUAUUGUUCCCCCAGAGAAGUUAUAUUCGAAACCCCCCAAUACCUCUACUGGCAGUCAACAUCUUUACAGUGUAAUAUGGCCUGGGGAUACUACUACAACGCCGAGGGGAUGGGUGUUCCCUAACAAUGGGCAGCCUCUGCGAAUCGCUGUACCCAACCGAGUAGGUUAUAAAGAGUUCGCGUCGAAAGACAAGAGUCCUCAGGGUGUAAGAGGAUUCUGCAUUGAUGUCUUUGAAGCCGCGAUAAGUUUGCUCCCAUAUGCUGUCCCUCACACAUAUAUGUUAUUCGGAGAUGGUAAAAGAAAUCCGAGCUACGAUGACAUUGUCUACAAGGUUUCUCAAAAUGUAUAUGAUGCUGCAGUUGGAGAUAUUACGAUCGUAACGAACAGGACAAAGAUCGUGGACUUUACACAGCCAUAUAUGGAAUCUGGACUCGUUGUUGUUGUGCCAGUGAAAGAGGCCAAGUCGAACCCUUGGGCAUUCCUCAAGCCAUUUACUAGGGAAAUGUGGUUCGUCACUGCCGCAUUCUUUCUCUUUGUGGGAGCUGUAGUGUGGAUUCUGGAGCACCGGAUAAACCAUGAAUUCCGUGGCCCCCCAAGGCAACAGCUUAUAACUAUUUGUUGGUUUAGCUUCUCGACGAUGUUUUUCUCGCACAGAGAAAACACCAUGAGCACUUUGGGACGAUUGGUGUUGAUCAUAUGGCUAUUCGUAGUUCUGAUUAUUAACUCGAGUUACACUGCUAGUUUGACAUCAAUACUUACCGUGCAGCAGCUAACAUCGGGGAUUCAAGGGAUUGAUAGCUUGAUCUCAGGUACCGAACCUAUAGGAAUCCAAGACGGUUCAUUUGCAUUGAACUAUUUGGUUGACGAACUCAAUAUAGCACAAUCUAGGAUAGUUAAGUUAAAAAAUCCAGAAGCAUAUCUCAGGGCCCUUGAGCUUGGACCGAAGAAGGGCGGAGUAGCUGCCAUUGUCGAUGAGCUUCCUUACAUUGAACUCUUCUUAUCGACCACCAAUUGUUUGUACAAGAUAGUUGGCCCGGAGUUCACAAAGAGCGGAUGGGGCUUCGCUUUACAAAGGGACUCCCCUCUAGCGGUUGACAUGUCAACUGCAAUCCUCCAGCUCUCCGAGAACGGCGAUCUCCAAAAAAUACAUAACAAAUGGCUGACGCACAGCGAGUGCUCGUCGCAAGUCAAUCAAGUUGAGGAGAACAAACUGUCCCUUAACAGCUUUUGGGGCCUGUUCCUCAUUUGUGGCAUUGCUUGUGUAUUGGCUCUUACCAUAUUCUUCUAUAAAGUCUUCGCUCAGUACCGCAGAUUCAACCCUGAAGAUGAGGAAAGCGAGGUGGAGGCGAUCGAACCUUCGAGGUCGAGUCGACGGUCCAUCCGCUCGACGAGCUUUAAGCAGAUAAUUGACUUUGUAGAUAAGAAAGAAGCAGAGAUUAAGGAGAUGUUGAAGAGAAAGAACAGUAAGGAGAACAAACAACAGAACAACCAAAGUUUCUCAGAUGGUCAAACAAGUUCACCUUCUUAGGAGGAAA